AUGUUGGAAGAAUCCGAGAAGGCCGUUCCGGAAACGCCAACGGCAGCAUUCCUUGAUCCGGAGGACGAGAGACGUGUGAAAAGAAAGAUCGAUUGUGUUGUCCUUCCAUUGAUGUGUCUUGUCUUCUUUUCUCAAUACCUCGACAAGCAGAGCUUAAGCUAUGCUAGCGUGUUUGGAAUGAUAGAAGACCUAGACCUCCAUGGUUCACAGUUUUCAUGGCUGGGAUCUAUCUUCUAUGUUGGGCAGCUAGUAUCAGAGUUUCCAGCUAUGUACCUGAUGAGCCGCUUGCCGCUCACUAGAUUUGUUGCUUGUACAUGUCUGGCAGCUGCGACGGCUUUCCCAUCAUUUAUGGCAGUGCGGUUUUGUUUGGGCUUGGCUGAAGGCGCUGUAUCACCGGCUUUCGUUACCCUAACCAGUAUCUGGUAUAAAAAGACGGAACAUCCCAUGCGCAUAGGUUUGUGGAUCAGUUGCAACGGGCUCGCUCAGAUUGUCGGGGCUUUGAUGAUGUACGGAAUCGGCCAUCAAGAAAUAAAUAUUGCCCAGUGGAAAGCCAUGUUCCUCAUAUGUGGUGGCCUAACGAUGCUCGUGGGCAUUUUAUUUUUCUUUCUCAUGCCCACGGGUCCUGCUACAGCUUGGUUCCUCAAGCCUCAUGAGCGGGAGAUAGCCACGAAGCGACUGCAGGCAGAAAGUGAAGGCGGGGAUCACACCCAUUUCUCUAUAUCACAGUUGACAGAGGCAGUUGGUGAUAUUAGAGCAUAUUUGAGCUUCCUUUUUGGUGUUCUUAUUACACUUCCCUCGCCCGUUAUUGCAUUCGCAUCUCUAAUUAUUCACUAUUUGGGAUAUUCGAAUUUCGACACAAUGCUGUACACUUCACCGUCAGGUGCGAUUCAGAUCAUUUUCGUAUGGGUUGGGAUCAUUUUCUGCUGGCUCUGGCCAAACCGCCGGUGCGCCAUCGUGAUCGGACUCUGCAUUGUACCCCUCACUGGGAUUGUCCUCCUCUUUGCCCUCCCGUUGUCAGCGGGCUGGGGUAUGAUUGUUGCGUCUUGGCUGGCCUCCGUGAUUUCAAAUGUCUUCUCAAUCCUUCUCAGUCUAAAUGCUUCAAACACACGUGGGAACACAAAGAAGGCAAUUGUGAACGCUUUAUUCUUCGUCGGCUAUGCCGUAGGGGCUAUUUGCGGACCACUGCUUUGGAACACCGAGUACGCACCCCGCUACCGAAGUGGCCUUGUUUUGGCCCUUGUUAGCUGGCUUGUCUUCAUUCCAUCCGUGGCAGUUUAUUGGCUUUCUUGUAUUUAUGAAAACAAACGCCGAUCUGCAGUCCAGAUGGAGGUGAGCGAGCAUGUGGCCGAAGUGGCCGGGAGGGAUAUGACCGAUAAGGAGGACAAGCAGUUCCGGUAUACCACUUAA